AUGGCAACACUACACCAAGCCGAGAACACCAGCGGUCUCGGAAGGGCUGUCCCGAAUGCCGGAAGCGCAAAAUUAAGUGUGACGAACGAAAGCCAGAAUGUGGCCAGUGUCGCCGAAGUGGCCGAGUUUGUCGCAUCAUCGACAGUCUAUUUCGACCCCACACUUAUUCCUUUUUGGCGUCGUCCUCAUCGCAACGAACAAGUCUCCCUUCUUAUCGGAGGUCUCGCUCUCCAGAGCCUCCUCGGAGGGCAGAGACCCCUGGUCGCGAUGUCCCGGUGGGUGAGGGACAAACGCCGCAUCAGAUUAGCUUGGCUACGGAAGCUCCUUCGGUUGAAAGACCCCAAUGGCGAAGAUACAUUGGCUGAUUUGUCCUAUCCAAUUGCCCUCGCUCCCCCAGCAGAACCUAAUCCACUGGCCCUUGUCAACACUCACAUCCAACAUGAGCAGGAGGAGAUCGGAAUCGCGCCAUCGAUUAAUGAUUCGUGCGCUCUUCUGGAUGCCACGCCUGAAAGUGUCGACCAGGAUCGCCACGAGAUCGCUUUCUUCCUGCGCUAUUUUUCAGAGGAGCCAGCCCGAUGGAUGGAUGUUUGCUCCGACCAUCCGUACUUCAGUGAGCAGGUGGUCCUUUUGUCAUCAGUAUGUCCACUGGUGCGGUAUGCUGCUGUUGCCCUUGCAGCCAAACAACUGGGCUAUAUGAAAAAUCCAGAAUGCGCAAUACGACAGACACGAAACCACAGAUUCAUGCUGCAAGCAUUUUCGGAGUCGAGUCUGGACUUCUUAUGUUACGGGGCCAAGUAUUAUGAUAAAGCCAUCCAGAUAUUGGCCCAACACCUUUCUCAUGAAGAGCGCUGUACUUCUCAGCUCUCUCCUUAUGGAGUAUACCAGACUGGCUUAACCCCACAAAGCAAUGACCUCAGUGUCCUUGGUGACCAUGACAGCACGGCAACUACGCUGCAGGUUCUCGCAGCGUGCAUACUGUGUCAAUACGAGGACUUGAGUGCUACGAUGAGGGCAUGGGCGGGCCAUUUGCAUGGCAUCUACAAACUACUUCGGCCAUACCUUAGUGAUACAAUGAAUUUACCGACAGCUGUACAUGUACCGCAACCGAUGAAAGCCAUGAAUGCGGUGUUUUGGUUCUUCGCACUGAAUGACAUGCUAGAUGCCUAUGUCAACAAACGGAACACUCGGCUAGACUUUCGCAAAAUUUUUAUCUGGCGUAGGAUGGGCCUGCCUCUAGACGACAGUGGGUAUUUAAUGCCCGGCUACAUAGACGAAGCGCAUGCAGAAACGAUCCUUUUCAAAGCAUUGAUCCGGCUCAUGUGCCAGCUGGUCAACUCUGAUCUAGGCAACUCAGUUGAAUGGAACGCAAUCAACGAACAGUUUGACCGAUGGCAGGCCAUUCUCCCGCUAUCCUUCUCUUCCGGCGUUUCUUGGCCCCAUUUUGCCGGAUCGGAUAAUGCGCAACAGGCCACUCCUUCGGAGCUCUCCGCCCAUGAGUCUUGGUUUCCCAAGGAUGCAUGUGCGAUUUCUAUGGCAUUCUACCAUAUGGCGCGGAUGUUGCUACUCAUUCAUCGUCCAGUAGAGGCAUUCCUCCGACAGUCGCAAAAUAACCCAGAUCUUCUCACUGCGUAUCAUACUUUGCAGCAGGAUCUACGUCGCCAGGCAAUGGAAAUUAUCGCCAUCGCGCGCGGGGCUCCAAAUUCCACAGUGAGGAAGUAUCUUUUGCAACCUCUGUAUGUGGCCGGUCGGUGUCUAGCUGAUACGGGAGAGCGCCAGGAGCUACUCGACAUCCUCCAACAAAUUGACGAUGACCUUGGGGUGUUUACUGAUUAUCGCCAGAAGGAUCUCUCUGAGGAAUGGGGAAUUCCCUAUAAACCUGCAGAAAAGGAUAUAGUUCCGUGA